CUGCCUUUUUAUUCUCAUUGUGAUUUUCUCAGUUGAAUCGAAAACAUCCAACGAUUUCAAACAAUCCGAAAAUAAUAAUAUUCGAAAAUAAACCGUUUCAAAUCGUUUUGAGGCUUUGAUGUCGAUCCAAAACUUGAACACCCGCGACCCCUUUGCGGAUGCCCAGAAGGGCAACGACGACGAUAUCCAGGACGGACUGAUCCACAUCCGCAUACAGCAGCGCAAUGGCCGCAAGACCUUGACCACUGUCCAGGGCCUGUCGCAGGAGUACGACCUGAAGAAGAUUGUGCGCGCCUGCAAGAAGGAGUUCGCCUGCAAUGGCACCGUCGUCGAGCACCAGGAGUACGGGGAGGUGCUGCAGCUGCAGGGCGAUCAGCGGGAGAACAUCUGCCAGUGGCUGACAAAGGUCGGACUGGCCAAGGCCGAUCAACUGAAGGUCCAUGGGUUCUAAGGGCAGGGCAGGGCAAGGCAAGGUUCCCCCCCCCCCCCCCCCCCCCCCCCACACACACACACAAUAAAUCUGCAAUCAAGAGAGUUCCACAAAGAAUUCCUUUAAAAAAAAAAACACACCAGCAAUAGACCAUUUUUUUCUUUCUUUUUUUAAAGACAUAUUGUAAAUAUUGUAAAAUUCAAUGUGCGGUACAGCAAUGGCAUAAAAAAAGCAUAUUUUAACCCUCCAAAAA